GCAGCUCUUGGAGGGUACACAUUGCUGCUGCUCCUUGGAUACUCUUCUGUCUGACUCACACACUGGGCUUCACUGUUUGGUCAGAGAGACGAGCUAAACAAACUCCAAGAUGGCUGUGGCAGGAUGCACCUUGUGUAUUAAAUACAUGUUGUUCUUCCUUAAUUUUAUAUUUUGGCUUGCAGGAGGUGUGAUCCUAGGAGUGGCACUGUGGUUGCGCCAUGACAGCCAAACCAGCAAUCUUCUUAUUCUUCAAUUUGAAGGGCAGCAGGCACCAGGAACCUUCUAUAUAAGUGUGUACAUACUGAUAGCAGUCGGGGCAAUAAUGAUGCUGGUGGGAUUCCUUGGAUGCUAUGGAGCCAUUCAGGAAUCACAAUGUCUGCUGGGAACGUUCUUUUUCUUCUUGGUGAUCCUGUUUGCCUGUGAGGUGGCUGCUGCUAUCUGGGGUUUCAUGAACCGAGACACAAUCUCCAAAGAACUCAUCAACUUUUACGACUCAGCCUAUAUCAAAGCAGUCGAUGUGUCCGGCUCUCCCAGCAAAGACUCAGCCAUCAAGAUCUUGGAGGUUUUCCACAGAACGCUUGACUGCUGUGGAAAAGGGGAUGACACUCCUCUAUUUAAACAAGUUGUUAACACCUUAUGCCCUACAAAGACAACAGCAGACUUUCUAAUAUCUCAGAGCUGUCAUCACAAACUCAUCCACCUGUUUUCUGAGAAACUCUACUUGAUUGGUCUUGCGGCUCUGGUGGUUGCAGUCAUAAUGGUUUUUGAGAUGAUCUUCACCAUGGUGCUGUGUUGUGGCAUUCGCAACAGUCCAGUGUACUGAACAAAGGUCCUGACGAAGAUGAAGAUAUUACAACCCAUUAUCUGACAGUGUCAUGGACAUGCCU